AAGUCUCAUUACAGAAAACAGAAAAACAGAAAACAGAGAGAAUGAAAAACGAAAUUAAAAAAACGGAUUCCUUUCCAUGAAAGGACGCCAUGGCCGAGAACUCCAACUCCAAGCUUUCCCACCUUCUCUCUACCUCCAUCUCCAAGCAAAGAACCCUAACACCUUCUAUACAAAACCCUAAUGUCUCUCCUCCUCCUCCUCCUCUCGCAUCCUCCAAUGGCCUCCCAAACCCAAACACAAACCCCCGUGCUCCUCCAUGGCGAUCUCCAUCUCUGGAUCAUCGAAGCCUGUGACCUUCCCAACAUGGACUACUUCUCGAGAGCCUCCGUCGAUGCUUUGUCACUCCUUGCCCCAAUCUUCUUUUUGUCCCAGAAACGCAGUGGCGAAGUCACCACCGACACUAACACUGACCCUGAUCCCCGCCCUCGCCAUCGCCAUGGCACGAUCAUUACUAGUGAUCCCUAUGUCACCGUGUCCAUCGCUGGCGCCACCGUUGCUCGCACCCGCGUGAUCUCCAACUCCCAGGACCCCUACUGGGACGAGGACUUUGAGAUUCCUCUCGCUCACUGUGCGGAUUUCAUCGAGUUCCAGAUUAAGGACAACGAUGUCUUUGGCUCCCAGCUCAUUGGGACUGUCCGAAUCCCCACCUCCACUGUCGCGUCCGAGAAGGUGGAUGGUUGGUUCCAGGUUGAAGACUCUACUAAGAAGUUACGCAAGCAUGAAUCGGCGCUCCGUCUCAAAAUGCAAUUUUUCCCCGUGGAAUUGAAUCCGUUGUACCAGAAUGGGAUCGCUGGAGAUCCGAGGAGAAGGGAGUUAGGAAUGCGACUUCCUCUUAGAACAAAUUGCAGAGUGACACUCUACCAGGAUGCUCAUGUGAACGAUGGGGAUCUGGAGAAGAUUAGGAUCGAGGAUGGAAUGGAUUUUGAGCAUGGGAAAUGCUGGCAAGAUAUAUUUCAAGCUAUCUCGGAGGCGAAACACUUGAUUUAUAUCAUGGGUUGGUCCAUAUUUACAGAGGUGAGACUUGUGAGGAGGGAGCCCCUUGAGUCUUUGCCUGAGGUUGAGAAGCUCACAUUGGGUGAGCUUCUUAAACGCAAGGCAAAGGACAAGGUUCGUGUGUGCUUGCUGGUUUGGGAUGAGAGGACUUCCCGUGAGGUUGGCUGUUUCAAGACGAAAGGAGUGAUGGAAACUCAUGAUGAGGAGACAAGGAAAUUUUUCAAGAACACAUCUGUGGUUUGUGUGUUGUCACCCCGUUGUGCUAGUGGCAAGCUCAGCCUUUUCAGGCAACAGGUCGUGGGAAUGUCUUUUUCACACCAUCAGAAAUGUGUUUUAGUUGAUACAAAGGCUAAUGAAAAUAGGAGAAAAAUUACUGCUUUUAUUGGAGGACUUGACCUUUGUGAUGGCCGCUAUGAUACCCCGAAGCAUACACUUUUUAAUGGACUUGAUACUAUAUAUUCGAAUGAUUUUCACAACCCCACAUGUCCUGCAGAAAAAACCAAAGGACCAAGACAACCAUGGCAUGAUUUACACUGCAGAAUUGAAGGGCCUGCUGCACAUGAUGUCCUUGAAAAUUUUGAGCAAUGCUGGCAGAAAGCUGUAAAAUGGAAGCACAUUGGGAGUCGUCUGCAUCUAUGGAACUCUAUGCUAGUAAAUCUUGAAAAUAACCCAUUGAUACUUAGUCGUGCAUCUGUUGUUCCAGAAGAUAGCCCAUCUGAUUCUUGGCAUGUUCAGAUAUUUCGAUCAAUUGAUUCUGGAUCAAUAAAAGGAUUUCCAAAUGCCGUUCAGGAAGCUAAGCAGAUGAAUCUUGUUUGUGAGAAGAAUCUUGUGAUUGAUAGAAGCAUCCACACAGCAUAUGUAAACGCUAUCAGAUCUGCCAAGAAGUUUAUAUACAUUGAAAACCAGUUCUUCCUUGGUUCUUCCUAUGCUUGGCCAUCUAAUCAAAAUGCAGGUUUUAAGCAAUUCUUGAUGCAUAGCUCUAAAAGUGGGGUGGGGAACGAUUUGCUGUUUAUGUCAUCAUUCCAAUGUGGCCUGAAGGGAACCCUUCUUCAGUUCGUGUGCAACCAGUGCUCUUCUGGCAGGGUCUAUGGUCGGUCCGUGACCCCUGGAUGCCCAAGGCGUCCUUGGGGUGAUCUCGUAGUUCCUACGGGGUGGAGACGAUGGGGUCGGUCCAUGGAUUUUCCUUCCUUUUGCCACAUUUCGCUCAAAGGGUUGAAGGGAGAUAGUGCAUCAAGCUAUUCGCAAGGGCCAACUUGA